ACAUGGCGGUGCCGGCUCGGACCUGCGGCGCCUCUCGGCCCAGCCCAGCACGGACCGCGCGCUCUCUGCCUGGCCGUGGCCCCCGGCCCGGCCCCAGCGCCUGCCGCCGGGCGGCCGGGCCCCCGCGCCCUCUGUCGCUGCUACUGCCUCCGCUGCUGCUGCUGCCGCUGCUCGCCGCCCCCGGCGCCUCUGCCUACAGCUUCCCUCAGCAGCACACGAUGCAGCACUGGGCCCGGCGCCUGGAGCAGGAGAUUGAUGGCGUGAUGAGGAUCUUUGGGGGCGUCCAGCAGCUCCGUGAGAUCUACAAAGACAACAGGAACCUGUUUGAGGUGCAGGAGAAUGAGCCCCAGAAGUUGGUGGAGAAGGUGGCGGGGGACAUUGAGAGCCUGCUAGACAGGAAGGUGCAGGCCCUGAAGAGAUUGGCCGAUGCUGCAGAGAACUUCCAGAAAGCCCACCGCUGGCAGGACAACAUCAAGGAGGAAGACAUUCUGUACUAUGAUGCCAAGGCCGACGCUGAGCUGGACGACCCUGAGAGUGAGGAUGUGGAAAGGGGGUCCAAGGCCAGUACCCUAAGGCUGGACUUUGUUGAGGACUCAAACUUCAAGAACAAGGUCAACUAUUCAUACACAGCUGUGCAGAUCCCCACGGACAUCUACAAAGGCUCCACCAUCAUUCUCAAUGAGCUCAACUGGACAGAAGCCCUGGAGAAUGUGUUCAUUGAGAACCGCAGGCAGGACCCCACACUGCUGUGGCAGGUCUUUGGCAGCGCCACAGGAGUCACUCGCUAUUAUCCAGCCACCCCAUGGCGAGCCCCCAAGAAAAUCGACCUGUACGAUGUCCGAAGGAGACCCUGGUAUAUCCAGGGGGCCUCAUCGCCCAAGGACAUGGUCAUCAUCGUGGAUGUGAGUGGCAGCGUAAGCGGCUUGACCCUGAAGCUGAUGAAGACAUCUGUCUGUGAGAUGCUGGACACGCUCUCUGAUGAUGACUAUGUGAACGUGGCCUCUUUCAAUGAAAAGGCACAGCCAGUGUCAUGCUUCACACACUUGGUACAGGCCAACGUGCGUAACAAGAAGGUGUUCAAGGAAGCUGUGCAGGGCAUGGUGGCUAAGGGCACCACAGGCUACAAGGCCGGCUUUGAGUAUGCCUUCGACCAGCUGCAAAAUUCCAACAUCACUCGUGCCAACUGCAAUAAGAUGAUCAUGAUGUUCACGGAUGGUGGCGAGGACCGUGUGCAGGAUGUCUUUGAGAAGUACAAUUGGCCCAACCGGACGGUUCGCGUGUUCACUUUCUCCGUGGGGCAGCACAACUAUGACGUCACUCCCCUGCAAUGGAUGGCCUGCGCCAACAAAGGUUACUAUUUUGAGAUCCCUUCCAUUGGUGCCAUCCGCAUCAAUACGCAGGAAUACCUAGACGUGUUGGGCAGGCCCAUGGUGCUGGCAGGCAAGGAGGCCAAGCAGGUGCAAUGGACCAACGUGUACGAGGAUGCGCUGGGGUUGGGGUUGGUGGUGACAGGGACCCUCCCUGUUUUCAACCUGACACAGGACGGCCCUGGGGAAAAGAAGAACCAGCUGAUCCUGGGUGUGAUGGGCAUUGAUGUGGCUCUGAAUGACAUCAAGAGGCUGACUCCCAACUACACGCUUGGAGCCAACGGCUACGUGUUUGCCAUUGACCUGAAUGGCUAUGUGUUGCUGCACCCCAACCUCAAGCCCCAGACCACCAACUUCCGGGAGCCUGUGACUCUGGACUUCCUGGAUGCAGAGCUGGAGGAUGAGAACAAAGAGGAGAUCCGUCGGAGCAUGAUCGAUGGCAACAAGGGUCACAAGCAGAUCAGAACCCUGGUCAAGUCCCUGGAUGAGAGGUACAUAGACGAGGUGAUGCGGAACUACACCUGGGUGCCUAUAAGGAGCACCAACUACAGCCUAGGGCUAGUGCUCCCGCCCUACAGCACCUUCUACCUCCAAGCCAACCUCAGUGACCAGAUCCUGCAGGUCAAGUAUUUUGAGUUCCUGCUCCCCAGCAGCUUUGAGUCUGAAGGACAUGUUUUCAUUGCUCCCAGAGAGUAUUGCAAGGACCUGAAUGCUUCAGACAACAACACCGAGUUCCUGAAAAACUUCAUUGAGCUCAUGGAGAAAGUGACUCCAGACUCCAAGCAGUGCAACAACUUCCUUCUGCACAACCUGAUCUUGGACACAGGCAUCACACAGCAGCUGGUGGAGCGUGUGUGGCGGGACCAGGAUCUCAACACGUACAGCCUUCUGGCCGUGUUCGCUGCCACUGAUGGCGGCAUCACUCGCGUAUUCCCCAACAAGGCAGCUGAGGACUGGACAGAGAACCCCGAGCCCUUCAAUGCCAGCUUCUAUCGCCGCAGCCUAGAUAACCAUGGCUACGUCUUCAAGCCACCGCAUCAGGAUGCCCUUUUAAGGCCACUGGAGCUGGAGAAUGACACGGUGGGCAUCCUGGUCAGCACGGCUGUGGAGCUCAGCCUAGGCGGACGCACACUGAGACCAGCAGUCGUGGGCGUGAAACUGGACCUAGAGGCAUGGGCUGAGAAGUUCAAGGUGCUAGCCAGCAACCGUACCCACCAGGACCAGCCUCAGAAGUGCGGCCCCAGCAGCCACUGUGAGAUGGACUGCGAAGUUAACAAUGAGGACCUGCUCUGUGUCCUCAUUGACGACGGGGGAUUCCUGGUACUGUCAAACCAGAACCAUCAGUGGGACCAGGUGGGCAGGUUCUUCAGUGAGGUGGAUGCCAACCUGAUGCUGGCACUCUACAAUAACUCCUUCUACACCCGCAAGGAGUCCUAUGACUAUCAAGCGGCCUGUGCUCCCCAGCCCCCAGGCAACUUGGGAUCUGCACCCCGAGGCAUCUUUGUGCCCACCAUUGCAGACUUCCUUAACCUAGCUUGGUGGACCUCUGCUGCGGCCUGGUCUUUGUUCCAGCAGCUUCUCUAUGGCAUUAUCUACCACAGCUGGUUCCACGCAGACCCGGCGGAGGCCGAAGGGAACCCGGAGGUGCGCGAGAGCAGCUGCGUCAUGAAACAGACCCAGUACUACUUCGGUUCGGUGAACGCCUCCUACAACGCUAUCAUCGACUGCGGAAACUGUUCCAGGCUCUUCCACGCGCAGAGGCUGACCAACACCAACCUUCUCUUCGUGGUGGCCGAGAAGCCGAUGUGCAGCCAGUGUGAGGCAGGCCGGCUGCUGCAGAAGGAAACACACUCGGACGGCCCGGAGCAGUGUGAACUGGUGCAGAGACCACGAUACCGGAGAGGCCCACACAUCUGCUUCGACUACAAUGCCACGGAAGAUACUUCAGACUGCGGCCGUGGAGCCUCCUUCCCGCCGUCGUUGGGCGUCCUGGUGUCCCUGCAGCUGCUGCUCCUCCUAGGCCUGCCUCCCCGGCCACAGCCUCAAGUCCACGCCCAUGCCUCUCGCCACCUCUGAGCGCCCCCUCCCAACCCCAGGCCUCCCUCCCCUGCUUCCUCUCCCCACACCACCUCCCUUAGAGCCUCCCAGCUCCCUCGCUGAAGAAUCUGAUGCGCCUGGCUUCCCAAGAGUCUGCGCCUUGGAAGGGGGGGGGGGUCCCAAAGGAAGGUGCCACAGGUCUUUGACCCCCCCAAGCCAGUACCACCGCUGAACUGUCCAAGUGUCCCCAGACCCCUCAUUCCCACUGGACUCACCUACCCCUGAGGGCUGGGCCAGGAAGGCCACAGUACUGAUGCCAAACCAGGCCUCCACUGCUCACCCUGCCCGGAGGCUCCCUUUGUGUGGAAGACCUAGGCCUUGCCCCAGCAAGACUCCUCUAGCCUGGCCCUUUUGCCCCACCCAGGACCAAACCUGGAUUCUCUGGGAAUAAUGAAGGAAGUUGAGAUGGGCACUUUGAGGCCUGUGCAUCCCAGCUUAAGUCCUGGCAGGAGAGAGGUCCCAGGGGCAGUCCCCCAAUGAGUUCUUGCCUCUCUCAGGCCUAUAGCCACCUCUCCCUCCCCAAGCCCUGCAGGGGGCAGGACAGUGACAGUGACACUGGCUAAAACACAAUCCCUUACACACCUGGAGCCCUGAGGGCAGAAACUGGACUCACAUUAGAUUAGACAUAGCCAGGACACAAACACGCACAGACGCAUGCAGACACACACACACCAUGGGGUAGGGUCAGGGUGGGGGCUCACGAAGCCUUACACAGGGUGAGGGGUUGGUGGGAGGCUUGGCACAUGCACACUCCAUCUCCUGCUCACCGUCCGCCUCUAAUCUGACCUGCCGCCUAGCUGGUCCUCUGUCUCUAAAGCUGAAUGUCAAACAGUGCCAAAUGCUGGGGCAAGGAGUGAAGACCCUUCUGUCCCACACUAGCUGCCAGUGUCCCCUAAAUGCCCCUGACCCCACCAGGUGCUCAUUGUAACCAUUUCUCUCUAGUGUCAGGCCGCCCCCAUGGGACCACAUGCCACUGCCUGCACCCCUCAGCAGAGGAACGCUCACCAAACAUCGCCCUUUGCCUUAGGGGUGACUUGAUCACUCCUAGCUGGGUCAUCCCACCCCCAAUCUGGCCCUUACACACUCAGGCCUGUGCCCACUCCCUGUCUCCUUCCCACUCACACACACACUCCCUGGCCAAACUGCUCCUCCCUGCUAAACACACACUUGCCCAUACAUACACACAUAUACACACUCUGUGCACACGCAGAGGCUGGGGCCUGGGCACAUCUCUUCACACCAUUCAUUCUGGUCAUUUCCCCCAAAGGUAUCUUGGCCUGGGGGCCAUUGGGGGACUGAGGGCAGGGGAAUGUUGCCACGGGGCUCAGAUGGACUGGGAGGAGGGGGGAGGGUGAUGCAUUAAUUAAUGGCUCCGUUAAUUAAUGUCACGUUGCUUGUCGCUUUCUCAGUGUGUGUCCAUGCCCGCUGCUGGUGCCAGGGUGGGCGCCCAUGCUGUACACCCAGCCUAGAUGCCAGCCAUGUCUUGCAGGGGCGUGUGUGUAACUGUAGUGUAGUCAGGUGCUCAAUGGAGAAUAUAAAAAUAAGAAACAUAUACAGAAAAAUUAAUAUAUAUUUUAAGUUUAAAAAACAGAAAAGCAGACAAAACAAUUCCCAUCAGGUAGUUGUCCAACCCCCAGCUGGGUCUGAUCUUUCUCAUCACCCACCCGACCUGGCUACCCCCUCACCUCGGGCUCGGGGGAUCUGUGGGGGACUAGGGGGCCAUUUCCUUUUAUCUGCCCUUUUUUUUUGGUUGUUGUAUUUUGUACAGACAAGUCAGAAAAACAACAGUGACAAAAAAGUCAAGAAAACUUUGUAAAAUAUUGUGUGUGUGAUUCCUUGUAAAAUAUUUUCAAAUGGUUUAUUACAGAAGAUCAGUUAUUAAAUAAUGUUCAUAUUUUCACUUCAAAUGGUUCCCAUCCACUAUGUGUGCCUCUGACUGUGGAUUGGGUGGCUUGAAGAUAUGACCUCAGACCCACACUGACCACUCAACUGGGAGUGAAGGCCAUAGCAAUCCAGUGGGUGGAGGGCAUGAUGCUUCCCAGGCCUCCUAGGUGGCAGAAUCUUUUG